AUGCCUGGUCGGCUCUGCCACCCCGAGGGUCGCCGCUUCCGGCCGGCGCCCGCUGCCCCCACCCCGCGGGCGGGAGGGGGCGGGGAGGUGGCUGCGCCCGCCGCCGCCGCCAACCGCCGCCACCCCGCGCCCCUCCCCGCCGCCACCCCGCGCGCUUCCCGCGCCGAGGUCGGGCCGCUGGGACGCGGAGCGGCGGGACAGCCAGACACCCGCGGGACGGCGGAAGGACGCGCGGAGCGCGGCGCUGGGUCGGGCCAGGCCGCCGAGGAGUCGCCAGCCCAGGGCUCCAGCCAGUACCCAGCCACGCUGGGAGCCCCGGCCAGCACCACGGACGGCACCCAGGAAGCCCGGGUUCCCCUGGACGGGGCCUUCUGGAUCCCGAGGCCCCCCGCAGGUUCGCCCAAGGGCUGCUUCGCUUGCGUGUCCAAGCCCCCCGCCCUGCAGGCUCCAGUGGCCCCCGGGCCUGAGCCCUCAGCCUCACCCCCCAUGGCACCCACCCUGUUCCCCAUGGAGUCCAAGAGCAGCAAGACAGACAGCGUGCGGGCCACCAGCGCCCCCCAGCCCUGCAAGCACCUAGCAGAGAAGAAGACCAUGACGAACCCCACGACAGUCAUCGAGGUCUACCCGGACACCACGGAGGUGAACGACUACUACCUGUGGUCCAUCUUCAACUUCGUCUACCUCAAUUUCUGCUGCCUGGGCUUCAUCGCCCUGGCCUACUCCCUCAAAGUUCGGGACAAGAAACUUCUCAACGACCUGAACGGAGCAGUGGAGGACGCCAAGACCGCUCGGCUGUUCAACAUCACCAGCUCUGCCCUGGCGGCCUCCUGCAUCAUCCUCGUCUUCAUCUUCCUGCGGUACCCGCUCACCGACUACUGAGGCCCCAACAGGCACCACCAGCCUGGAGAUGAAGCUCUGAGAUGGGUUCAUUUUUGUGGCUGACGAAAGCUGGAUGCCCUGCGGUGGGGGCGGAGCUGGAGGCCCCCUGAAGCUGGGAACCCGGCAGUGAGGCAAGGGGACAGUGAGCUUCGUGCCAGCCCACCCUCUCUGCCUCCUGGCCCUCCGCCUGUUUCUGGGGGGCCCGUGGGUUUCUUCCUGUGCUGCUGCACCUUGGCUUCCAGUGGCUGCCCUCCCUACCUGCCUGUGCCCCCGCCCAGGCUCCUGGGACCCCUCAGACCUGACACCCAGCAAGAAGGGCUUUUGUGGGAGCUUCCCAGGAUCAGGUGGCUGCCAGCAUCUGGGGACUGACUCUCUCCUCCCUGACGCCACCUCCUCCAAGCUGUGACCCUGCUCAGAGAUCUUGUAUCUGUGAACUUCCAAUAAAAUACC